AAAAAAAUUAAAAAAUAAUAAUAAUGAUAAUCUUCUUCUUCUUCUUCUUCUUCAGACAUCCAAUUCAACUGCGUUUUAGAUCUACAUCAAAGAAUUUCGAAUUUUUUUCAAAUAUUCCUACGUUUUAAAACCCUAUCCCCAAAUUGAAUUCAAAAAUUAAUAGAAAUUCUCUCUUCUACUUAUCACUUUCAACUCGAAAAGAGUUCUUUCAAAAAUUCAAUCAAAAUUGACUAUGAAAGAAACGAAAUCAAUUAAAUUCAAUGCACAGCAACAUCAGCAGCACGAAAACGGUCACUUUUCUCCGUUCAAAUUCGCCAAGUUAUUAGAUCCGGAAGCUUCUUGGGACAAGGAUCAAUUAGGAGAUGUAUUGCAUUGGAUUCGACAAGUUGUAGCUCUUUUCUGUGGUUUAUUAUGGGGUGCAAUCCCUGUCGUUGGAGGCAUUUGGAUCUUCCUUUUUCUGGCAAUAUCUACUGGGAUUAUAUAUGGUUAUUACGCUAUGAUACUAAAGAUUGAUGAAGAAGAAUUUGGCGGUCAUGCAGCCCUUCUCCAGGAAGGGCUUUUUGCUUCAAUAACUCUGUUUCUGUUGGCGUGGAUUCUGGUAUACAGCUUGGCCCACUUUUGAUAUGCUUUGUAUUAUCAAUUUGGCUGCCCUCUGUUUCUAAGUCACAUUUCAAGACUUUGAUCCUGUUAGAUGAGGAACCAUUCAUUUUUUCUCUGAAAACAAUGAGAAACUUUCUUACUUGAGAAAUUCCGAUAGAUAUUGCUUUUUACGUUUCAUUGUGCAACAUUUUGAUUUUGCAGAUCAUCAGGCUAGUUUUUGGUCAUGGUAUAUACAUGUUUGAUUUCAGUGUUACCUUCUCAUAAAUAUCCCACAGAAUGUAGCAGUAUGUGGUACAUGCACCUGAUGCUAAUCAAAACACUGUCUUUCUUGCUU